UUCCGCAAAAUAUGGGACGUACACCAUGUUAGAAUUACCAGCAAAUGUUAUCAUAGACAUGCAACUGAGCAAUGAAGUUGGUGGUGCCUCGCAUAUGGAAAAGGAGGGCUUCAUAAGAUCAGUUAAUUUCUUGGGAACACAACAGGGUCUAGAUAUAGAUGUGAUAAUAACAGACAGGCAUGUCCAGUUACGGAAAUGGAUCAGAGAGAAUUUGCCAGAUGUUCAACACCUUUUGGACGUUUGGCAUGUUGCGAAGGGUAUUAUUCAUUUCCUCAAGUCUUUUUUCUUUAUCAGAAGUUGUUCCAGUUGUAAAAUAUCCAAUAUAUUUAUUAUUAUUUCCAGGUCUCAGAAAAAAAACUUGUGGCACUUUCCAAAGAAAAAGACUGCACAGACUUGAAAGAGUGGAUUGACAGCAUAAUCAAUCACCUUUAUUGGUCAGUCAUGUCAACAGAUUCAGCAGAGCCAAACCUAGUUGAAGCCAAGUGGACGUCUGUGCUGAAUCAUAUUGUAAAUAUUCAUACGCACAACAAUGAGUUAUUCCCUAAAUGUGAGCAUAAAAGGCUGAGAGGAAGAGCAGCUAGAAAGAAGUGGUUGAAACCAUGUUCUACCUUGAUGGUGAAAUUAGAAACACUGGCAACAACAACAUACCUCAUCAGAGAUCUAAAACAGGCAUCAAACCGGGAGCAGACAUCCUCUCUGGAGGCGUUCCACAGCCUCUUGAACCACUACGCUCCGAAAAUGUAUGCCUUUUCUUAUGAGGGCCAGCUUUGCAGAGGACUGUUAGCAGUGAUGCAUUUCAAUGAAAAUAGUGGGCGGACUCAACAAAGUACCAGAUCAGGUGAACUCCAGUAUGCAGUGUCCCUGCCAAAGUGGAAGAAAGGGGGACACACAGUGAGGAAAGUUUUAGAAGAACCUACAUUUGACUAUGUCAAUGAGAUCAUCAAGGAUGUCCUGGACAGACUCGUACACCCCAGAGAAGAUGUGGAUGUCAGAGAUGUGCCUCCUCCAUUGAGUGGUGAAUACCAAAGACCAACCAAAGAAACUGCUGUCUCACAGUUCAAAUCCAGAUACAAGUCCACUUGAAUCAGUCUAAUGCAGGAUACAAAAAUCCAACAUACUGUCCAGUUGGUGCGGAAAAAGUUGACCGUAUUUUAUUCACAGCACAGGAUGGCAGGGUAACACGAACCGCUCUCCCAAGAUGUCCCCAGCACAGCCUCACAAACUGCCUGUAUGCGAUAUAUCGAUAUCUUCUGAAAAUAGAAUAAAGACUUGAUUACAUGUC